AGCCGAGGAGGGCAGGGCAGCCGAGUGGCCCAGUGUGGCCCAUCCAGUGGAGAGAGGGAAUCUGCCCGCUAACGUUGAUCACUCCUCUCCCCCUCUGUCUCUCCCCCUCUCUAGAGCUGCAAGCAGAGAAACAAGCAGGCUCCACCUCCCCUGCCACUCAGGAACUGAUGACAAGGCUGGGCUUUUUACUAGGAGAAGGGAUCCCGGUUACGGCACGCAUACCUAUGGACGACAAGAAUGAAAAGAAGUGCUCUAUAACUAGCCAGGGUAUCAGCCCCUGCUCCACUCUGACCAGCAGCACGGCGUCUCCCUGCACUGACAGCCCAUGUUCCACGCUCAACAGCACAACCAGCCGCCCCCCCCUCAGCCGCUCCAGCCCCUGUGGGACCAUCACUAGCCCCAGCUCCACACUUGAGAGCAAAGACAGUGGCAUCAUAGCCACCAUCACCAGUUCUUCUGAGAAUGAUGACCGCAGUGGCUCCAGCCUGGAGUGGAGUAAAGAUGGCAGCCUGAGAGGCAGCGGGCGCCAUGGCCUGGCCCAGAGUGUGCGGGGUGACACCUGCUCUCCUGUGGCCGAGGAAGACUCCAACAGCGCCACAUCCACGCCCGCAGACACCCCCUCCAGGACAGACCAGAAGCAGUCCAACACAGCCGCAGGGGCACAGAAGCCUCCAAGUCGCUCACCUGAGGGACCAUUUCCAUACUCAUCGCAGACCACUUCUUCCCUCAUGAUGCCGAGGCCCAACUCUGUUGCAGCGACCAGUUCCACAAAGCUGGAAGACCUGAGCUUUCUUGAUGAACAGCGCAACACACCCCUGCGGACAUCCAUCCGCCUACCAUGGCAUAAUACAGGAGGAAGGCCCCCUCAGGACUCUAAAGCUCGAUUUGCUCCCUACAAACCCGUUGACAUCAUGCUCAAGCCCUUGCUGUUCGAGGUGCCCAGCAUCACCACAGACUCUGUGUUUGUGGGCCGGGAUUGGCUGUUCCAGCAGCUGGAAGAUGUCCUGAAGGCCAGCGAGUCCGCAGAGAACCACGGCGCUGUGGUGGUGGGCAGCGUGGGUUAUGGAAAAACGGCCAUUAUCUCCCGGCUCGUAGCACUCAGCUGCCACGGAGGUCGAAUGCGUCAGAUUGCCUCUAACAGUCCUAGUGCCUCCCCAAAAAGUGGUGGGGGACCAAACGCUGAACUUGCUCUCAGCCAGCCUCCACAGCCCACCCCCCCGUCCAGUGCCACCAACACACUGAGGACCAGCAGCUGCCCCGGGACCCCCGAGAUGCAGAGGCGCAGGGAGGAGGCUGUCAAACGGCUGGCUGCUAAGGUGGUUGCAUAUCACUACUGCCAGGCGGAUAACACGUACACUUGCCUGGUUCCGGAGUUUGUACACAGUAUCGCUGCCCUGCUGUGCAGAGCUCACCAGCUCAGUGCGUACCGGGAGCUGCUGCUGAAAGAGCCCAACCUCCAGAGCAUGCUCAGCCUGCGCUCCUGUGUCCAGGACCCCAUGGCCGCUUUCCGGAGGGGGGUCCUCGAGCCACUAGCCAACCUCCGUAAAGAGCGGAGGAUUCCCGAGGAGGACAACAUCAUCUUGGUGGACGGGCUGAACGAAGCCGAGUUCCAUAAGCCUGACUACGGAGACACCAUUUCCUCCUUCAUCUCGAAGAUCAUCACCAAGUUCCCCUCGUGGCUCAAACUGGUCGUCACUGUCCGGGUCAAUUUACUGGAGAUCACAAGCCUUCUCCCUUUCUCCAAGAUCUGCCUGGAUGACUUUACCGACAACGCAGAGAUAAGCAACGACCUCAACGCGUAUAUCCAGUACCGUAUCAACGGCAGCAAGGAUAUCAUGAACAAUAUUAGCCUGAAUGGCAAGGCAGACCCUAUCACAGUGGGCAAGCUCAGCAGCCACCUGAUCUCCCGCAGCCAGGGCUCCUACCUGUAUCUCAAACUGACCCUGGAUCUGUUCGAGAGAGGCCACCUGGUGAUCAAGAGCUCCAGCUACAAAGUGGUGCCCGUCUCGCUCGCGGAGCUCUACCAGUUACAGUGCAACAUGAAGUUCAUGACCAAUUCGGCCUUCGAGCGCUCGCUGCCCAUCCUCAACGUGGCGCUUGCCUCGCUGCACCCCAUGACCGACGAGCAGCUGUUCCAGGCCAUCAACGCCGGCUUCGUCCAAGGGGAGCUGCCAUGGGAGGACUUCCAACAACGCAUGGAGCUGCUCUCGAGCUUCCUCAUCAAACGGCGGGACAAGACGCGCAUGUUCUGCCACCCCUCGUUCAGAGAGUGGCUGGUGUGGAGAGCCGAUGGAGAGAGUACGGACUUCCUCUGUGACCCCAGGACUGGCCAUGCUCUCAUGGCUUUCAUGCUCUCGCGCCAGGAGGGGAAGCUGAAUCGACAGCAGACAAUGGAGCUGGGACACCACAUCCUCAAAGCACACAUCUUCAAGGGCCUCAGUAAGAGAACAGGUGUGUCCUCCAGCGUGCUGCAGGCUCUGUGGAUCAGCUGCAGUGCAGAUGGCCUCUCUGCAGCCCUGGCUUCACUGAGGAAUCUCUACACACCCAACGUCAAGGUGAGCCGUCUGCUGAUGCUAGGUGGGGCUAACGUGAACUACCGUACAGAAGUGUUGAACAAUGCUCCAGUUCUCUGCGUGCAGUGCCACCUCGGGCACCAGGAGAUCGCCUCCCUGCUGCUGGAGUUUGGGGCCAGCGUGGACGUGGUGUCUGAGAACGGCAUGAACCCACUCAGCUUCUCAGCCGCCGCAGGACACCUGGGAAUAGUCAUGCUGCUCUGCAAGAGGGGGGGCAAGGUUGACCAUGUAGAUAAGAGCGGGCAGUGUGCCCUGGUGCACGCGGCUCUGCGGGGCCACCCAGAGAUCAUCCAGUACCUGCUGGAGCUGGACUGGAGCGAGGAGGGGCCGCAGGAGGACUGCGCUCUGAAGAACAAAGCUCUGCAGCAGGCUUUGAUAGCAGCGUCCAGCAUGGGGCACACACAGGUUGUGAGAGGCUUGCUGGCGUUGAAUAAUGAGCAUGCUGUGCAAAUUGAUAGCCACGACACUCUGUGGGGAGAGACAGCUCUGACGGCAGCGGCAGGCCGGGGGAAGAUGGAGGUGUCCGGCUUCCUGUUGGAGCAGGGGGCGGUGGUGCAACAGGUCAACCGGCGGGGGGUGUCUCCUCUUUUCUGCGCCGUCAGACAGGGACACUGGCAGAUUGCAGAGCUGCUGUUGGAGCACGGUGCUGAUAUUAACAUCAGCGACAAGCAGGGCAGGACCCUCCUCAUGGUGGCAGCCUGCGAGGGUCACCUGAGCACCGUAGAGUUUCUGCUUUCUAAAGGUGCAUCUUUGACUUCGAUGGACAAGGAGGGACUGACCCCCCUGAGCUGGGCAUGUUUAAAAGGACAUAAGAACGUAGUGCAGUUUUUGGUGGAGAAAGGGGCGGUCAUCGACCACACGGACAAAAACGGGCGGACUCCUCUGGACCUCUCUGCCUUCUACGGAGACGCAGAGAUU